GCUGCCGUUGCCAUUGGGCAAUUCGGUUUACGUAUUUUUUUCUUUGUUUGACAUAUAAUUUCCAUCGGUUUGUCUAUUUCAAUCGAAGCAAUCGAAUUGGAAAUAUAUUCAGUUUUUUUACAUUUAUUUUCGUGUCAUUUUUUCUAUUUUUCAGUCCAAAGAAAAUAAAUCAAUAAUUUCAACAUCUAUUCCAUUGAAUCUGUUAUUACGUUUUGCAUACGAAUCGGUUUCAUGCACUGAAAUGAAAUAUUUGAAAUGAGCAACUCGGUCCAGAUGUUUGUGCUCAGUUAAAACCUAUCCGCAACACACUUUUGACGCAAGUGUCAAAACCAAAACAAAAAAGAAGAAAAUACAGUUCAGAAUAGCACAAACCGUACGCUAGGUCAGCGACGCAAUAUCGUUAACAGUAAAAAAUAAUCAUCACGUUCGAAUUAACAAAUGGGGUAGUUGUUACAUUGCAUGAUUUGAUUUCGUGAAUGAACUCAAUUAUUGUGAAACUGUUCAAAGUCAGCAAUAUCACAUCAUUCGCACACAAAAUGAGUACAGACAGUUUUAAAGGUGUUCCAUUGGCCAAAAUUUAUCGCGGUCCGAAUGAAUGGCAUUUGAACCAUUUACCGCCAAUUGAGAACAAACGCCACCAUGUUGUGUUAUAUCAAUUGCCCAUUGCAAAAGAUUCAACAACACCACCAAAACCGCACAUCGGUGAAGCCAAAUGGGAUGCAAAUCACGUGAAAUUGGCCUGUUCACCACACAACGAAUACAAAACGGAAAGUUCGAGUGACCCGACAAAAGUGAUCACAUCACCACGAUGGGAAAUUAUUCAGACAGCGUUACUACGUGAAAUUGACUCCAGUCGAGAAUUGCAACAACAGAUUUUAACGUACAACUCCAAAUACGCAAAGGAAUGGAAAUUCGAUUCGCUGCACGCGCUAUUUGAACUAGAACUGGAUGACGCCGAAUCUGAACAAUUUUUCCGUAAAACAUUGCCGGGAAUCAUUGGACUCGCAUUACAAUUGCCGCAUCUCGUGCCGAGCGCAAUUCCAUUGCUGAAACGUGGCGAAAAUAAAUCGAUUUCGUUGAGUCAGCAACAGAUUGCAUGCCUCUUGGCGAAUGCAUUUCUUUGCACAUUUCCACGACGCAACGAGAAAUCACGAUAUUCAGAAUAUUCAUCGUAUCCUAGCAUAAAUUUCAGCACCUUAUUUGAUACACCCGGUGACCAGAAUAUCGAGAAAAUCAAGUGUAUUUGCAAUUACUUCCGACGAGUGUGUUCGAAGCCGCCAGUUGGUGUGGUUACAUUCACCCGACGCUCGGUGUGUCAGUUGCCACAAUGGGAUGAAUGUUCAACAACAUUUGCCGAUUCAAUGCUUCAUGUGUCCGAGGACGGAACCAUUGAAGACGAUGGCGACGGUCUAUUGCAAGUUGAUUUUGCAAACAAGUUCCUGGGCGGCGGUGUUCUCAACUACGGUUGCGUCCAGGAAGAGAUUCGAUUCAUGAUAUGUCCAGAGCUGUUGUGCAGUCGACUCUUCACAGAAGUGUUGGACGAUAAUGAAUGUUUAUUGAUCAUGGGCUGUGAACAAUUCAGCAAGUACAGUGGUUAUGCAUCAACCUUCACAUGGACAGGAGACUACCUGGAUCGAACACCGUUUGACUCAUCCAGAAGACGAAAGUGUACAAUUGUUGCCAUCGAUGCCUAUCCGUUUAAACAAAGGGCCGCACAGUACCAAGAAGAUAUGCUCCGAAGAGAAUUGAAUAAGGCGUAUGUUGGAUUCAAACACGACCUAAGUAGCCCAGCACCUGGUAUAGCGACGGGCAAUUGGGGCUGUGGUGCAUUCAACGGUGACAAACAUUUGAAAUCGUUGCUUCAGCUCAUGGCAUGUUGUGUCACCGAACGACCAUUGGUUUAUUUCACAUUCGGCGACGAGCAGCUACGAGAUGAACUCUUCACGAUUUACGAGUUUUUGAAACAGAACAAAGUGAAAAUCUCCGAGCUAUGGGCAUGCUUGCUAGAGUAUGGAGGCCAAAGAAGACGAAGCCUCCAUCUGUAUGAAUUCAUCAUGGCGAAUCAUCAGGAUAUGAAAGAUCGCAAACCAAGUACUAACGGUCAAUGUUCGAAACAAGCAAACAGAUCGGCAGAUAAAACAACAUUGAAGCCAAAGCCAAUAUCGAAGCUCCCAUCGAAAUCGCGAUUGAAACAGACUAAAUCGGAUGAUGACUUGGCUACAAUUGACUUGGAUGACAUUGAAUCGAAACAAUAUGAUAUUGAAGAUCCCGAUGAUGACGAUCAAUAUUCGCCGGAUGAAGCAUUCGAAAUGUCACAAAAAUUGGAGCAUCGACCGCGACUCACCCGAAGUGGUUUGUCGUUAGCAGAAAAGGCAAGCCCGAAUGAAAAGCGAUCGCUUGGAAAUCGGUCAGUUCAUGAUUCGCCUUCGGACAGCCGACCCGCUCAAACGAUUUCCAAAUUUUUUCCGAAACCACCAUCGAAUGCGACUGAAAAGUCUGAGAACCAAGAUAAGCGCCCGCGAUCGCUGUUAUUGGAAGGUCUUGAUGCGGAUUACAGUCGAAAAUCACCGCCAAAAAUCAAACGAAUCUCCGUAACACCCACAAAAACUGUGAUUUCAUCUAAGAACACAUCGAUUGAACUCAAGCCAGAGUUAAAAAGUCCUACUACGCUUAAUGAUGACAUGGAAGUUGAUGAAAAAUCGACGACAGUAAGCAACGACGACAGUAUAUACGAAACAGCAGACGAUGAAUCGAAUUAUGGAGAAAAAGAGUUCAAAGAUGUGUCCGUCCAGCGUAAAAAUACCUCCAUGUCGGAAGAUUUGUUCGAAUCGGAUGGAGAAGAAACUAAAAUGGACGUUAGCGGUCAUGAUGUUACGGAAUCAAAUGUCGAGCGAAAGAAAAACGAAAGCAAAACACCAAUGAAAAGCAUUGAUCGACAGCCUGGUAUCGAAAGCUAUCUCAUAAAGCAUAAACGCCCGAAGACGUCAACAUUCGGCAACGCAAACAAGAAAACGGCUUACGAUUCAAACGAAUCGGGCAGUUCAAAAUCACCAAGUGAUCACCCAUUUAGCACUUUUCGCGAAGAAUCUGAUUCGCAAAGCGAAGCACAAGAAGAUAGCUCAAAAGAACCAACCGAGAUUGAAGGUGAAGAAGCACUUCUCACCGAUGACGAAUCAGACAAGGAUGUGCAGGCAGAAACAAAUCAUCUCAAGACAUUGAACGUUACAUCGGAUGAAACAAUCAUACAAAUCGAGUGAAAAAAUGUCAACACCGAAAGGCUACAAAUAAUUUACUAAUCAUUGAUGUUAAGAAGAUAAACACUUACUUUUGUUGUAAUGCAUAAGAUUUUUGUUCCGGUAUGAAAUACCACAAAUCUUAUGAUGUAAACUCAAGAGUGAUUUUUCCUAAUGAAUCAAACAAAAUUUUAUAAGAAUAAAAUCAUUUGAAUAUUUUCCAAUAAAAAUGAAGAAAUAAACAACAAA